AUGAAUGUGUUACAUGUUAUCUUCGGAGUUUUGUUCUGGAUUCUUGCAGACUGCUUCCCAGUUCCGUCCAAGUUAACUUCUGUUCCAGGGAUAACUUCGGAUUCUGAUGUACAGUUUUCAAAGGUGUAUCUGAAGAACUUGUACAAACUCCCUCCCAAAUCUGUCAGUGGCAAGAGAAGUGCAGUGGAAAAUCCCCUUGAGGCUUUGCAGUAUUUCUUCAGAUUGGCGGUAACUGGAAGACUUGACAAUGAUACCUUGAGGUUGAUGAGGCAUCCGCGAUGUGGGGUACCUGAUAUGUCAGAAUACAAAAUAAUCCACAGGAAUUUGAAAUGGUCUUCAAACAUAAUAACAUACAGAAUUGUUCACUACACACCUGACCUUCCAGCUGUACAAGUCGAUUGGGCCAUAUGGAACGCACUGAGGGUUUGGAGCGAGGUGACCCCACUUGAAUUCAUUCAGCUUCACAGUGGACCUGCUGACAUAGUGAUAUCAUUUGGAGCACAAGAUCAUGAGGACUUUUUCCCAUUUGAUGGACCAUCUGGUAUAUUAGCUCAUGCUUUUCCUCCUGGAGCAGACAUUGGUGGAGACAUCCAUUUUGAUGACGAUGAAACGUGGACAAUGACUGCAGAAGCAUAUAACUUGUUCACUGUAGCUGCUCACGAGAUCGGUCAUUCUCUCGGUUUAGACCAUUCCAGUGACCCCAGAGCGUUAAUGUUCCCUCUCUACACGUUCAUCAGUUUAAAGAAUUAUUCACUUGCUGAUGAUGACAUCCGCGGAAUACAAGUGCUAUAUGGAUCAAGAAACUCGAAGAUGACCAUCCCAUCAAUCUGUAACCCUGUCGAUGCUAUAGCACAUCUGGACAAAGGCACCAUUGUUUUUAAAGACGGGUAUUAUGGAUUAAAUGGUUACAUCUGUGGUUCCCCUUCGGUUAUUUACUGGAAUCACAGCACUUGGUUUGCCAUUGGUCCACUAGCUUUUGAAGAGCACAUCAUUUGGUAUCAUCAUCCCAACGUGGCUGCAGCCAAAGCAUUCUCAAUAAAUUCCGUUUGGAAAGAUCUUCCAACCUCAAUUGAUGCUGCUUAUAAUUCCCCCAGAAAUAGUACCCUUCACGUAUUCAGUGGAAGGAAAUUUUGGACAUUUCAAAGAUUUAGCUUGCUUGCUGAAAGCCCUCAAGAUAUUUCGGCUCUUGGCUUCCCGACAUCGUUAAAGAAGAUCGAUGCUGCUACCCAUGAUAAGCAGACUGGAAAUACAUAUUUCUUUUCUGAAGACCUUUGUUGGAGGUAG